AUGGUUUAUACAAGAAUCACAGGCUUCUUCUCUCCUAAGAGCAUUUAUCCACUAGCAGCACCAUCCAGCUCAGAGAAAGAAUGGAUCUUUACACUCUGGACAAGCACAACUCCUCCAAGACCAAUAUUAUGUAAAAUGCCACACUCUUGCUACAUGAGCCUCAAAAUGGAACCAAUAUUCAGAGACAGUAUAUACGAUAUCAGUGUUUGGGGCUACAUCCUGAAAUACGGUAGCGACAGAUGUUUGGAGAGCCGUACUUUGGGUACAAAUACCUUGGUACUGAUGACCGUAUACACCGAACUUAAGCCCAAGCGCUGUAUGCUAACGGCCAUGUUAUUGAUCAUGCGAAAUCCAAUGCCCACAAUCCACUGUGUCGAACGAGUACCCGAUAGGAAGACAUUGACCGUAAUUGUCACCGUCAAGGUUGCUGUGCGUAUAUCAAAGGAAUCCAAUCCAAGAUCAGUGUCUUCAACACCUGUUAUGAUAUAUGUCAUUCUUUCGGCACCAGAAAACAAAAUGACACCUUCCCCUUCCUCCUUGCUACCACCAGCACUUCUGCCAUUACCAUCACUGCAAACACCCAGAUUCACACAUUUACCAAUCAUAAAAUCAGCAACAAAACCUUCGGCACUAUUUACACUAUGGCCUGUUACUCACCAGGUGAAAAAAAUAGAAACAAGUCCUUUUAGAUGUACCAAUCUAAAUUGUUUGGAGAACAUGGACGGGUCAGAGGUUAUGCAUCGUUUAUGGAAUCGGGAUCUUGCUGCUGUCCUGAACUUCCGGCAUAUGCUUAACAAUCUGAGAUAUGAUGGGACUAUACAUGUAAGGUUCACCCGCGUCAUUCGGAUUAGACGUAUCAGAAGACAAGCAGAAGAAGAUCUCCAGGAGGGUCGUCGUUUUAGACAAAGACUGACUAGACUUCAAAGAAGAUGA